GAGCGAGCGAGCAGACAGACCCCUUGCUCUGCCUUCCCUGUCCCCGCCCCCCAGGCCCUGGCAACGGUCCUGGGCUCGAGAGAGGAGCGGGAGCCUCCGCAGCAGCUGCAGAGAGCGCGCGUCCGCAACCGCGCCCGCGCCCGCGCCCGCGCCUGCCGUCAAGAUCUGGGCGGCGGCGGGGCUAGGCCGGGGGCGCGCUCGCUCGGGAGCGCGCUCAUGCAGCGGUUUUCUUCUCCCACAAUCCAGAGGCAGCUGCGCGGGAGGGGCGGGGAGUCGGCGGAAGGAUAUCGGCGCGGAGGGAGCAGCGCGCUCCCUUUGACGGCGGAUCCGCGGCGCUGGCGGGAGGCGAGGGCUGGGGUGUGAUGCGGCACUGCGGUUCUGAGGCCGUUACUCCGGCUCCUCCAUAGAGGGCGGAGGAGGCUGGAGCGCGGCGGUGAUUUUGUGCCAGGGAUUCCCGGGGACGCGCUGAAAAGGCUGGCAGGGCUUAGGAAGCUGGGGGGUUAGGGACACACAUUCGAGCCCCCACCCCCGGGAGGGGAAGGGGGCUGGAGACGAGGCUUGAGGGCGGCGGAGGGAUGGUGUCUGUUCUGGGGGAAGGGGCGAGCCGUGCCUGUUGGUGCUGAGGGGCUGCGGGCAGUGGAGGCUCCGCGGGUCGAAAGCGGCUCCAUGCCCAUCGGUGGGUGUAACGUGUAGAGGUCGGAACGGCGAGGUCCAGUCUGGUGGCCCUUCGGAAUCCUUAAACGUGGUCUCUGUCUAACGUAUUUCAUUUAGCCCACGUUGGGAUUAAUUCAUUGGGGGCAGUUUCGCUGGUCUGGCUCCUCCAGGGGCUGGACAACCUUGACGGGCUUUUUGUCUUGGGCUCCAGCCCCCUUUCCCUUCCUCCUCCUCCAGAUGCCUUUUCUCUGCCCCUCCUCGCCCGGUACAGACAUUUCCAGGGCAGGCUGCUUCUCGUGGUGGCCGUCGUCGAAGCCACUUCUUGGGAUUUCGUCUCGUUUACCUCUCGGGUGUUUUUUGAGGAGGGAGAGUUUCCCCCUCCUACACGAUGGGAUUUUCCUCCCUUGCCGAAAUGGAUUUUCAUUGAUUUCUACUUACUUCCACGUUUAGUGACCUAUUCCCUAGGCGUAUUUUUGUGGUAGUUCCUUUUUUUCAAAUACAUACUCUGUAAAAUGGAGAACGAAAUUUUUACUCCUCUUCUGGAGCAGUUCAUGACCAGCCCUUUGGUCACUUGGGUUAAAACGUUUGGACCUCUGGCUGCAGGAAAUGGGACCAACCUUGAUGAAUAUGUGGCUUUGGUGGAUGGGGUAUUCUUGAACCAGGUCAUGCUCCAAAUUAAUCCUAAAUUGGAGAGUCAGAGAGUAAACAAAAAAGUCAAUAAUGAUGCCUCCCUUAGAAUGCAUAAUCUAUCCAUUUUGGUGAGACAGAUAAAAUUUUACUACCAGGAGACUUUGCAGCAAUUAAUCAUGAUGUCGUUGCCAAAUGUCUUAAUCAUUGGCAAAAAUCCCUUUUCUGAACAAGGCACAGAAGAAGUUAAAAAACUGCUUUUACUUUUAUUGGGUUGUGCAGUUCAGUGUCAGAAAAAAGAAGAAUUUAUUGAAAGAAUUCAAGGUUUAGAUUUUGAUACAAAAGCAGCAGUUGCCGCACAUAUUCAAGAGGUAACUCAUAAUCAGGAAAAUGUGUUUGACCUGCAAUGGAUGGAAGUGACUGAUAUGUCGCAGGAGGACAUAGAACCACUUUUGAAAAAUAUGGCAUUGCAUCUGAAAAGACUUAUAGAUGAGAGAGAUGAACAUUCAGAGACUAUCAUAGAACUCUCUGAAGAGCGGGAUGGUCUUCAUUUUCUACCCCAUGCCUCUUCAUCUGCACAAUCACCUUGUGGUUCUCCAGGCAUGAAGCGAACAGAAAGUCGACAACAUCUGUCAGUGGAACUGGCAGAUGCUAAAGCCAAGAUAAGAAGGCUUAGGCAGGAAUUGGAGGAAAAGACUGAACAGUUGUUGGAUUGUAAACAAGAACUUGAGCAAAUGGAAAUAGAACUCAAAAGGCUGCAACAAGAGAACAUGAAUUUGCUUUCGGAUGCUCGCUCUGCCAGAAUGUACCGAGAUGAAUUGGAUGCACUUCGAGAGAAAGCAAUCAGAGUUGAUAAACUUGAAAGUGAAGUCAGCAGAUACAAAGAGAGACUACAUGAUAUUGAAUUUUAUAAGGCAAGAGUUGAGGAAUUAAAAGAAGACAAUCAAGUUUUAUUAGAAACAAAAACCAUGUUGGAAGACCAACUAGAAGGAACUCGUGCUCGUUCUGAUAAAUUACAUGAAUUGGAAAAAGAGAACUUACAACUAAAAGCUAAACUUCAUGAUAUGGAAAUGGAACGAGAUAUGGAUAGAAAAAAAAUUGAAGAAUUAAUGGAAGAAAAUAUGACUUUGGAAAUGGCACAGAAACAAAGUAUGGAUGAAUCAUUACAUCUUGGCUGGGAGCUGGAACAGAUAUCCAGAACUAGUGAACUUUCUGAAGCACCACAGAAAUCCCUGGGCCAUGAGGUGAAUGAGUUAACCUCAAGUAGAUUAUUGAAGCUAGAGAUGGAAAACCAAAGUUUGACAAAAACUGUAGAAGAGCUUCGGACUACUAUGGAUUCUGUAGAAGGCAACGCUUCCAAAAUCCUAAAAAUUGAAAAAGAAAAUCAGAGACUCAAUAAAAAGGUUGAAAUUCUGGAAAACGAGAUUAUUCAAGAAAAGCAAAGUCUUCAGAAUUGUCAGAAUUUAAGCAAGGAUCUAAUGAAAGAGAAAGCUCAGCUUGAAAAAACAAUUGAAACACUGAGAGAAAAUUCAGAGAGACAGAUUAAGAUAUUGGAACAGGAAAAUGAACAUCUGAAUCAAACAGUGUCUUCUUUAAGGCAGCGGUCCCAGAUAAGUGCAGAAGCAAGAGUGAAAGACAUUGAAAAAGAAAACAAAAUUCUCCAUGAAUCUAUCAAAGAAACAAGUAGCAAGCUAAGCAAGAUUGAAUUUGAAAAAAGACAAAUUAAAAAAGAAUUGGAACUUUAUAAAGAAAAAGGAGAAAGAGCAGAAGAACUUGAAAAUGAAUUGCAUCAUCUUGAAAAAGAAAAUGAAUUGUUACAGAAAAAAAUAACUAAUUUAAAAAUUACUUGUGAAAAAAUUGAGGCCUUAGAACAAGAAAAUUCAGAGCUAGAAAGAGAAAAUAGAAAAUUUAAAAAAACAUUGGAUAGCUUUAAAAACCUGACCUUUCAGUUAGAAUCCCUAGAAAAAGAGAAUUCCCAACUUGAUGAGGAAAACUUAGAACUGCGAAGGAAUGUAGAAUCUUUGAAGUGUGCAAGCAUCAAAAUGGCUCAGCUACAGCUAGAAAACAAAGAACUGGAAAGUGAAAAAGAGCAACUUAAGAAAGGUUUGGAGCUCCUGAAAGCAUCUUUCAAGAAAACAGAACGUUUAGAAGUUAGCUACCAGGGUUUAGAUAUAGAAAAUCAAAGACUGCAAAAAGCUUUAGAGAACAGCAAUAAAAAAAUCCAGCAAUUAGAGAGUGAAUUACAAGACUUAGAGAUGGAAAAUCAAACAUUGCAAAAAAACCUAGAAGAACUAAAAAUAUCUAGCAAAAGACUAGAACAGCUGGAAAAAGAAAAUAAAUCAUUAGAGCAAGAGACUUCUCAAUUGGAAAAGGAUAAGAAACAAUUGGAGAAGGAAAAUAAGAGACUUCGACAACAAGCAGAAAUUAAAGAUACCACAUUAGAAGAAAAUAAUGUGAAGAUUGGAAAUUUGGAAAAAGAAAACAAAACCCUAUCCAAAGAAAUUGGUAUAUGUAAAGAAUCUUGUAUCCGUCUAAAAGAAUUAGAGAAAGAAAAUAAGGAGCUUGUGAAAAGAGCAACUAUUGAUAUAAAAACGUUGGUUACACUACGUGAGGAUUUGGUGAGUGAAAAAUUGAAGACCCAACAGAUGAACAAUGAUCUCGAAAAAUUAACUCAUGAGCUUGAGAAGAUAGGGUUAAAUAAGGAGCGACUCUUACAUGAUGAGCAAAGUACUGAUGACAGUAGGUAUAAACUUUUGGAAUCAAAAUUAGAAUCCACUCUUAAGAAGUCUCUUGAAAUAAAAGAAGAAAAAAUUGCUGCUUUAGAAGCUCGAUUAGAAGAAUCCACGAAUUAUAACCAGCAGUUGCGCCAAGAACUUAAAACAGUGAAAAAAAAUUAUGAAGCUCUCAAACAGAGACAGGAUGAGGAAAGGAUGGCACAGAGCUCUCCUCCAACAUCUGGUGAAGACAACAAAUGGGAACGAGAAAGUCAAGAAACGACUAGAGAACUUCUGAAAGUUAAAGACAGAUUAAUUGAAGUAGAAAGAAAUAAUGCUACACUGCAAGCAGAGAAGCAAGCAUUGAAAACUCAACUGAAGCAGCUUGAGACACAGAACAAUAAUUUGCAGGCUCAGAUUCUUGCACUUCAGAGGCAGACAGUGUCAUUACAGGAACAGAAUACUACUCUUCAAACACAGAAUGCCAAGCUUCAGGUUGAAAAUUCUACCCUUAAUUCCCAAAAUACCUCACUUAUGAACCAGAAUGCACAACUCCUAAUCCAGCAGUCUUCCUUAGAAAAUGAAAAUGAAUCUGUAAUCAAAGAUCGAGAAGACCUAAAAUCUCUCUAUGAUUCUCUGAUAAAAGAUCAUGAAAAACUGGAACUUCUUCAUGAACGUCAGGCUUCUGAGUAUGAAUCUCUUAUCUCUAAACAUGGAACUCUAAAGUCUGCCCACAAAAAUCUUGAGGUGGAACAUAGAGACCUUGAAGACCGUUACAAUCAGUUACUAAAACAGAAAGGACAUUUGGAAGAUUUGGAAAAGAUGCUCAAAGUAGAACAGGAAAAAAUGCUGCUUGAAAAUAAAAACCAUGAAACAGUAGCUGCAGAAUACAAGAAACUUUGUGGUGAAAAUGAUAGGUUGAAUCAUACUUAUAGUCAACUUUUAAAAGAGACUGAAGUUUUACAAACCGACCAUAAAAAUUUGAAAAGUCUUCUGAAUAAUUCCAAACUGGAACAAACAAGAUUAGAAGCUGAAUUUUCAAAGCUAAAGGAACAAUACCAACAAUUGGAUAUUACAUCCACCAAGCUGAAUAACCAGUGUGAGUUGCUAAGCCAACUUAAAGGAAAUUUAGAAGAAGAAAAUCGACAUCUACUAGAUCAAAUUCAGACAUUGAUGCUACAGAACAGAACACUUUUGGAGCAGAAUAUGGAAAGCAAGGAUCUUUUUCAUGUUGAACAAAGACAGUACAUUGAUAAGUUAAAUGAAUUAAGACGUCAGAAGGAGAAAUUAGAAGAGAAAAUUAUGGAUCAGUACAAAUUUUAUGACCCAUCUCCUCCUAGAAGGAGAGGCAACUGGAUUACUCUAAAAAUGAGAAAAUUGAUAAAGUCUAAGAAAGAUAUUAAUCGGGAACGUCAGAAAUCUCUAACAUUAACACCUACCCGCUCAGACUCCAGUGAAGGAUUUCUUCAGCUCCCCCAUCAAGACAGUCAAGAUAGUUCUUCAGUAGGUUCAAACUCUUUAGAAGAUGGCCAGACCUUGGGGACCAAGAAAAGCAGCAUGGUUGCACUGAAAAGACUGCCCUUUUUGAGGAACAGACCGAAGGAUAAAGACAAAAUGAAGGCCUGCUACCGUCGUUCCAUGUCCAUGAAUGACCUGGUGCAGUCCAUGGUCCUAGCAGGACAGUGGACAGGUAGUACUGAGAAUUUGGAGGUUCCUGAUGAUAUUUCAACGGGUAAAAGGAGAAAAGAAUUGGGAGCUAUGGCCUUCUCUACUACAGCCAUCAACUUUUCAACUGUCAACUCUUCUGCAAGCUUCAGAUCCAAGCAGUUGGUUAAUAAUAAAGAUACUACAUCCUUUGAAGACAUAAGUCCACAAGGUGUUAGUGAUGAUUCUAGCACGGGAUCAAGAGUUCAUGCUUCAAGACCAGCCAGCCUUGAUAGUGGCAGAACAUCCACUAGCAAUAGCAAUAAUAAUGCUUCCCUACAUGAAGUCAAAGCAGGUGCAGUUAAUAACCAAAGCAGGCCACAAAGCCACAGCAGUGGAGAAUUUAGCCUGCUUCAUGAUCAUGAGGCUUGGUCCAGCAGUGGUAGCAGUCCAAUCCAGUACUUGAAAAGACAGACCAGAUCAAGUCCAGUGCUCCAACACAAAAUACCUGAAACACUAGAGAGUCGACAUCAUAAGAUCAAAACUGGUUCCCCAGGGAGUGAAGUUGUUACUCUACAACAGUUUUUGGAAGAAAGCAAUAAGCUUACCUCAAUACAGAUCAAGUCCUCAAGUCAAGAGAAUCUUUUAGAUGAAGUAAUGAAAAGUUUGUCUGUCUCUUCUGACUUUUUGGGAAAAGACAAACCAGUUAGCUGUGGUCUGGCCAGGUCAGUAAGUGGAAAAACCCCAGGGGACUUCUAUGAUAGACGGACAACUAAGUCUGAGUUUUUGAGACCCGGUCCUCGAAAAACUGAAGAUACCUACUUCAUUAGUUCUGCAGGAAAACCUACACCAGGCACUCAAGGAAAGAUAAAAUUAGUAAAAGAAUCUUCUCUGUCACGACAAUCAAAAGAUAGUAACCCUUAUGCCACUUUACCUCGUGCAAGCAGCGUGAUCUCUACUGCUGAAGGAACUACACGAAGGACAAGCAUCCAUGAUUUUUUGACAAAGGACAGUAGACUGCCUGUAUCAGUUGAUUCACCACCAGCUGCUGCUGACAGCAACACCACUGCAGCAUCUAGUGAGUACCAUUUACACCAGUGGUCCUGUCAUAUACUUGACAGCCCAACACAUACUAUAGGUUCUUAUUCCCAAAAUGAUUUAGCUACAGACAUGCCUGAGCCUCUAUAUGCCCAGGCUAGAAACUCAAGAAUGGAAAGGUCACAUUUUCUAAACCAAACUUUUGCCACUAUUAAUAUGCCAAAUGAUGCAUUUGAAAUAUUGGCAAAAGAUAGCAUAGGAUCAUUUACUGUGGCUUAUUCGUCUCAGCCAUUUUUAUCCCUGAAUACAGAAUUAGUUAGUAACAUAAGUGGGUUACCUCCUAGGCCAGUCACCAGAAUAACUGACCAGGCUUCUGCCUCUUUGGAUAAACCUGCACAGAGAGAUAAUAAACAUUUUUCUGAUCAUCAGAACCCUAGUAACAGUAACCUACAGUUUUCUAUAAAUAGCAAUAAUCUUAUCACUCCUGCAUGCCUCUAUCCUGAUGACACAGAAGCCGAAUUGUUGGUUUCUGAGGAUAAUCAAACUGUUUGGUAUGAAUAUGGUUGUAUAUGAUCAAAAGUGCACAAUAUAAUAUGUUGAUGUUAUUUGAUAUAUACUGCUCUAAUAUGAUUUGAAAAGUUGCUGUUAACAAAAUAGCAUUCGGUUAGGUUUAUCUUUUUUAUUUAAAAUUGUUGCAUAGUGUUCAGCUAUACAUGAUGGCAUGUAUAUUAAUGUGAAUGUGUAACCACACCAAAGCCUGCAUGAAGUAUUAAUUGCUUUGUCCAUUUCCUGCAUGCUUUUAAAAACCUUAACCAUACAUGCUCCUCCUUCACCUUUUUGUUGCCUGAUAAGAUUGUUACUUUGAUAUACAGAAGCAUGUUAAAACAGUUGCAUGCUUUCUUACCAAGAAGACAUUUCUAAGUCAUGUUUGCUUUGUUGCUUCUGGAAAAAAAAUGCUCAUUUCCUCCCUCCCUUCCUCCUCUUCCCACCCCUCACUUGCUCUUCCUCUCACUCCUUUCUUUUUUUCUUCCAGAAUGUGUACUUUAUAUUGCACAUGUACAGUAUCAGUAGGAAAAAUGUAAAAUUACGUCAUUUUCUUUUGCCAUUUACUUAGGCCACCUGUCCUGUUUUAUUUUUAAAGAAAUAGUUAAUAAAGCAAUACUUUAUAUAGCAAAUAUUAACACCCAUAUUUAUUAAACAUUUUUCAGAUUUAAAAGAUUGUUAAUACUCAUAAACUUAGUGUUAUUCAUAGAAAACCCCAUCAAAUUUAAAUGUGAUUUACACAGUGACUAGGAACAUUUGUACUUAUUGUUUCUUCUCUGCACUUUUAAUCAUCUGAUAAAUAUGAGAGCUCAAGUAACUGUCUUUUCUUCAAGAUGACUUCUAUACUUGAAAUCAGUUAAUACAAUAGUUUUUCCAGUUCCUUUUUUAUAUAGAGUCAAAGAGAAAUAAACCAAAUUAUAUUCAUUGUGUUGGAAAUUUGUAUUUUUACUUCUAAUCAAAAAGGGUAGCAAGUUUACAAAGUGGUAAAAGAUUGUUACUUCUAUAAUUAAUCCAUUAUUAAAUUAUACAUGUAUGUCCUUAAAACAGAAUUUUUAAUAAUGAAUAAUUGUACUAAAAUGAAAAAUUAGAAUUUGUAACCAUUUAAACAAGUGUCUUUCUAGUAGAACAGAGUUUAGAACUAAGAAUAAAUACAAACUCUUUAGCUAAAAAAAAAAAAAAAUUGUUAACUUUGACUCUAGUGCAAAAAACUUUUAUUUUUGUGUUCAUAGUACUUUUAAAGCUGAUUAGCUAAAUUUGAAUCUCUGAACUCCCAGAAUGCUAAAAACAAAAACACCCAUAACGCUGAUCCGUUUACUUUGAGAGGAAUACAUCUUAGCGCUCUCUCUGAAGCGUUUUUGCCAUUUUGAUUUAGCCUAAAUAUUACUGAUAAUGACGCAGCCUGGCACCUGGAAGGAAUGCCUUGAAAUGUGACCAUGUGGGGAUGAAAUUAUGUUACACUUGUUGUUACUGUAUUAAGUUGUUAUUAACUGGGCCAAAGAAAAAAAUCUAUAGAGAAUAUUUGCCUAGUGAAAUUUGUCUCCUUUAUAAUCAUACUUUUUUUUCCUUAUAGCUAUUACCAAAAAAAAAAGAAAAAUGGUUCUGGUGCAGGUAAUCAAAUGAACACAAUCAGAAGAUUUUCAUAUUUUAGUACUACCUAAUGUACUUUUUGCAUCUUCUGUUUUAUUGUUAAUUACUGCGCAGUCAGUCCUAACAUUUCAAAUAUAUUUGGUGCUAAUAUUUUCCCUUUUGUUUUUUCAUGAGCCAGUAAUAAAACUUAAUGGUAAAUAUAGUUGAGAUUAAAUGAGGGCAAUAUAUGAUGCAAAUGUUAUAAUUAGUGUUAUUUCUUUUCCAUAUUAAGUCAAAGAUUAUUUUACAGCUAUUUCAACUAUUUAGAUAUCAUAAAUCUGACCAUAACACUUUAAAAUAUUAUUCAUUCAAAAUUCAUUGAGAAGUUACAUGCUAUUAUAUUAAAAACCAUGUGAUUAUUUUACAAAAUUAGACUUAUAGGAAAGAACUAUUUCCUACCCCAAUGGCUAUACAUAUAUAGGCAGCAUGUUUUUUUGUUUGUUUUUAAAUACACUGUGCCUGUAAGACAAAUAUAUACCAUGCCCAUGAGUCCUGAGGACUGUUGGAAAAUACAGUCUAGACUUUAGAAAUUAUCACCUGCUGUGGAGACAUAAAAUUCCCUCAUAACACUUUCUGUAAGUGAAAUCUUACAUAGAUGCCCCAAAUUAAAAAAAAAACUAAUUUCAUUUGAAGUAAAACAACUCUGACUCAAUCGAGCAGUUGCAUUUAUUUCCUCUAAGACACCUCCAUAAAUAGCCUACAGUUUCCCAAAGGAUUCUUUGUAAAACUAUUCAAAUAUUCAGUACCGUAAUUUUAUAAAUGAUGAAGCUGGAGCUUUCAAUAUUCCUGGUUUAGGUUUCUGGAAAUUAUACCCAUUGAUUUGUGUGACAUAAACAUAUUCUUAUGCACUGCAUCCCCUUUGACCAAAGCAAUUUUAGCUAUAACCAAUGUAAGGAGGGACAUUAUUUGCCUAUAAAAUAUGUAUCAAACCCUCGUUUUCUUAGUAAAUAAUACAAAUAUUUCAUUCCAGAUGGUUUUGCUACUGCAUGCAAGAUUAUGUUUACUUUAAAACUGUAUGGUGACCAUUUAGUAAAUAAACAUAGUAAGUAAUGCUAUCUGGCACUAAGGGGGUAAAAUGUAAUUGUUACAGUUUUUUU